AUGACCUCUGCCAUCACCAGCUGUGAGCCUUCGCAAGCCUUGCAGAGAGAAGACAAUGUGCUCAACUGUCACACUGAGGGCCCAAACAGGAAGAAGGGGGGGCAGUCCAGGAGCCCCAGCAGCAACAACCUGGUCUAUAGCAUCUUGGAGGUCCCACCAUGGUAUCUCUGCAUCCUCAUGGGAAUCCAGCACUUCCUCACGGCCCUGGGGGGGCUCGUGUCAGUGCCACUCAUCCUGGCCAAGGACCUGUGUCUGCAGCAUGACCCCCUGACUCAGAGCUACCUCAUCAGCACAAUUUUCUUCGUCUCUGGCUUCUGCACUCUCCUGCAAGUGUUUUUUGGAGUCAGGCUGCCCAUUCUCCAGGGAGGGACAUUUGCUUUUGUGGCACCCUCUCUGGCCAUGCUCUCCCUCCCCACUUGGAAGUGCCCACCGUGGACACUCAAUGCCAGCCUGGUGAACACCAGCUCUCCUGAAUUCACUGAAGAAUGGCAGAAGAGAAUCCGAGAGUUGCAGGGCGCUAUCAUGGUCGCUUCCUGCGUCCAGAUGCUGGUGGGAUUCUCAGGCCUCAUUGGGUUUCUCAUGCGCUACAUUGGCCCCUUGACCAUUGCUCCGACCAUCUCCCUGGUGGCCUUGCCUCUCUUUGAUUCUGCGGGCAACAAUGCUGGGAUCCACUGGGGCAUUGCCGCCAUGACCAUCUUCCUCAUCGUGCUGUUUUCUCAGUACCUGAAAAAUGUCGCUGUGCCCAUGCCCAUUUACAGAGGACAGAAGAAGUGCCGCGUGUCUAAGUUCUACCUGUUUCAGGUCUUCCCGGUGCUGCUGGCGCUCUGCAUCUCGUGGCUUCUCUGCUUCGUGCUCACAGUCACCAAUACCCUCCCCACGGCCCCCACGGCCUACGGGCACCUGGCCCGCACCGACACCAAAGGCGAUGUCCUGAGCCGGGCUCCUUGGUUUCGCUUCCCUUACCCAGGACAGUGGGGCCUCCCCACCAUCAGCCUGGCUGGGGUCUUUGGGAUCAUUGCCGGGGUUAUCUCCUCCAUGGUGGAGUCGGUAGGCGAUUACUACGCCUGCGCGCGGCUGGUGGGCGCCCCACCCCCUCCGAGGCACGCGGUCAACCGAGGCAUCGGCAUCGAGGGUCUUGGCUGUCUGCUGGCAGGGGCCUGGGGGACCGGGAACGGGACCACGUCCUACAGCGAGAAUGUCGGGGCGCUGGGUAUCACCAGGGUGGGGAGCCGGACGGUGAUGGUCGCUGCCGGCUGCGUGCUUCUCCUGAUGGGCGUAUUUGGGAAGAUCGGGGCUGCCUUUGCCACCAUUCCAACCCCUGUGAUCGGAGGCAUGUUCCUGGUGAUGUUUGGUGUCAUCACUGCCGUGGGGAUUUCCAAUCUGCAGUACGUGGACAUGAACUCAUCCAGGAACCUCUUUAUCUUUGGCUUCUCCAUCUACUGUGGUCUCGCCAUUCCCAACUGGGUGAACCAGAACUCUGAGAAGCUCCAGACAGGGAUUCUCCAACUGGACCAGGUCAUCCAGGUCCUGCUGACCACGGGCAUGUUUGUCGGUGGAUUCCUGGGCUUUUUCCUGGACAACACCAUCCCCGGAAGCCUGGAGGAGAGAGGCCUCCUGGUGUGGAAUCAAAUCCAGGAGGAGUCUGAGGAGACUGCGAGGGCCUUGGAGGUGUACUGCCUCCCCUGUGGGAUUGGCUCCACGUCCUGCACGUCCUCCUGCGCCCAGCGUCUCCCCUUCUGGCCCACGGGGGAAGCUGGGAGAGGUGUCAGGACUGCAGCGUUAACUCCUGCCCGAGUUUCCAGCUGGCUGGUCCGCCCCGCAGGUUUCAGAUUUGCAGUCUCCACGAUUGUGUGA